GGCCGCGCUCACUCGCUCGGGCAGCGCUGCCGCCAGGCCCUGAGGUCACUUGCACUCCAACCUGAGCGACCAUGAGUGCGCUUGACUUGACUUCCAUCCUGGAUUUCCUGGAGACGGCCAACCUGACGGAGAUCAACUGGACGUGCAGCAGCGGCGAGUGCAUCACGGUGGACGCCACGACGUGCCCUGGCACACUCAACAAGAGCGCCCUGCUCUACACCCUGUCCUUCUUCUACAUCUUCAUCUUCGUCAUAGGCCUGGUGGCCAACUCGGUGGUGGUGUGGGUCAACCUGCAGGCCAAAAUGACGGGCUAUGAGACCCACCUGUACAUCUUCAACCUGGCCAUCGCCGACCUGUGCGUCGUCAUCACCCUGCCCGUGUGGGUCGUCUCGCUGGUCCAGCACAACCAGUGGCACAUGGGGGAGAUCACGUGCAAGAUAACCCACCUGAUAUUUUCCAUCAACUUGUACAGCAGCAUCUUCUUCCUGGCGUGCAUGAGCGUGGACCGCUACCUCUCGGUCGCCUACUUCACCAACUCCAGCAGCCGCAAGAAGAAGAUCAUCCGCCGCUGCAUCUGCGUCCUGGUGUGGCUCCUGGCCUUCUCCGCCUCCCUCCCGGACACCUAUUACCUCAAGACUGUCUCUUCCAACAGCGAGACCUACUGCAGGCCCGUUUACCCCGAGGAGAGCUUCAAGGAGUGGCUGAUUGGCAUGGAGCUCAUCUCCGUGGUGCUGGGCUUCCUCAUCCCCUUUCCCGUCAUCGCCGUGUUUUAUUUCCUCCUGGCCAAGAGCAUCUCCGCCUCCAGCGACCAGGAGCGCAAGAGCAACGGGAAGAUCAUCUUCUCCUACGUGGUGGUGUUCCUGGUGUGCUGGCUGCCCUACCACGUGGCCGUCCUGCUGGACAUCUUCUACAGCCUUCACUUCAUCCCCAUCAGCUGCCAGAUGGAGAACUUCCUCUACGCCACCCUGCACAUCACUCAGUGCUUCUCGCUGGUGCACUGCUGCAUCAACCCCAUCCUGUACAGCUUCAUCAACCGCAACUACAGAUACGAGCUGAUGAAAGCCUUCAUCUUCAAGUACUCUGCCAAAACUGGCCUCACCAAACUCAUUGACGCCUCCAGAGUGUCAGAAGCAGAAUACUCAGCUCUGGAGCAAAAUGCCAAAUGACUGCAAGCCCAGAAAGGAACUUCCUUGACUCUCUGACCUGAUGUGGGGGUUUUUUUGUGUGUUACGGUUUGUUGUUUAUUAUUUUUUUUUUUUUUUUUUACCCCUUCCUUUCAAUGUGCUUGUUAUGAACGCGGCGUGAAUUCCAGCCUACAAAAGAGAGAGGACAAAGUGUAAUUUAACAGUAGGAUCAGUUGCAAAGUGGAAGUGGUACCAAAAUGAAAACCUUUUCUCCUCCUAGCCCAGUGUGGACUCCUCAACAACGCUAUGCAAGUGGAAAUUAUUUCCUAGCAGACAAAGCCAUUGUGUACCAUAGGUAACAUGGAUAAGCUUCUCCUUCCACGUCUUGAUUCCCUCUUGUCUCUUUGUGUAUGUUUAUAUAUAUAGUGUGUUGUAUUUAAAAGCUCAAGAUUUUAUUUUCUGCCCCUUGGUGUACCUUAUGCAAGUGUAUUUGAAAGUUAAAUAUAUUUUUAUCAUGUAUUUGAAGUAUAUUGCUGAUGAGUGUAUCCAGAGUGCUGUAGUCUGAAUGUUAGGUGGCCGUUUGGCUCCAAGAGGAUGCUGAUAAAUAGGAUGGAAAUGAUCUCUUGGGAGCAUCCUCCCUGGCUAAAGGCACACUUUAUGGACCAUGGCUUUAUGUGGUGUCACACCCACAUGCUGGAGCAUGAAAUAUAUGUAGUGUAAUGUAGCUGCCAUCAUGUUAAAAUUAACAGUAUUGUCAGAGUCCUUAACUCCUACACCCCUGCUUCACCAGGCUGUAUCCUCCUGCACAGAGUGAGUGAUCUUACUGCUGAGAGUUGUCUCUAUUUGUAAGUUAUUUUUGUAAAAUAAAGA